UGAAGAAGACUGUAGUCCGAUUACAUCAUGCUGUGACGAGGCUGGGGUCCUGUCCAUAAUUGGAGAUGUUCAGGCACUCUGUUCUACCCGUACACAAACACAGUCUGUCGGUCAACGGGACGUGGUGUGGUAGUCUUGUGUGCAGAUUAACACUGGCGACACUUCCCUUCUCUGUCACCGUUGCUUUUCUGUUGCUGCUUUUCUCAGUGUGACUGUUUUUCUCAUGGCUGUCCUCCUCAGACGUGGACUUUUCGUGACCCUUGGGCAAGGCUGCAACUCAGUCUGCCACCCUGCACUGCCUGCUGUUCUUCUAGUCCUUGGUUGUAGCCCUGCUGUGAAGUUCUACUGGUGGGUGGUGUACCUCUCUCCAGCAGCCAUGUCGGGCUUCAAUCUUCUGCAUCUAAUAACCAAGAGCCAGCCUGUAGCUCUGAGGCCCUGCAGUCUUCCCUCAGGAGCAUGUAGGACUAAGAAGACAUGGCCAGUGAGCUUUCCUCAGGAGGAGUUGAAGAAACGGCUCACACCUAUGCAGUACCAUGUUACCCAGGAGAGAGGAACUGAGAGUGCCUUCACUGGAGGGUUCACACAUCAUAAAGAUGAGGGGACCUACACCUGUGUUGUCUGCGGUGCCUUGCUGUUCAGCUCAAACACUAAAUUUGACUCCGGAUCGGGUUGGCCGUCCUUCUUUGACCUUGUGAAGGAAGAGUCCGUCACUGUCUCAGAUGAUUUCUCCUAUGGGUUACACAGAGUGGAGAUUACCUGCAGCCAGUGUGGAGCUCACCUGGGACACCUGUUUGAUGAUGGACCAAGACCCACAGGAAAACGCUACUGCAUCAACUCGGCCUCAUUGGGUUUUCAGCCCAAUGACGCGCCCUCCUCCAGCUCCAGCUCUGCGGCAGAGGAUGGAGCUGCCAGCAGCUCUGUGAGCAAUGGGAAGACGGAGCUCUGAAGAGACUCAGACUGCAGCAGACUGACAGCUGUGCUUGUGUAGGGAGAGCUCACAUACACAAUAAUAAUAGUUUUUGGUUCUGUGUUAUUGAUUCACAAUGGAAAGAUAGUGGGUGGUUAUAUUAUUACGAAAGGAAGGAAGGUGCUCAGGCUUUAGACUCAGAAAUACUCUGAUGUAUUUUCUAUGACAAAGGAAAGGACAAUUCAAAAAAGUCACAGUUUGCAAGACUUACUGUACCUGCUGAGUGCCUCAAAAGGAAUUCCCUAAUUUCCUUUAUUUUCUCAGUCUGGACAGUAGUAUUUGGUCUGCUAAUUUAAACAUGGAUGAAGUGCUGUGUAAUAGUAAAUGCACACACAUGCACGCACAUAAAUUGUAGAGUCUUUUUUUAUAUUGUAACGAAACACAUUAUUGGACAUUAACAUUUUAUUGGAAUAUAUUUUUGAAGUGAAUUUGAUACUGAGAGGAUGAUGUUAUUAAAUUGUCUAUGCAAGUGCUCCGUUUAGCAUUAACAGAGCCUACUGUGACAGAUAGCAUCUUAAUGUGGGCAAAUAAAGUGGUGUACUGUAGUCUUUAGGCCACUUCCUGUUUUCAUUUCUCUUGCAGUAGGAAAUAUUUUGAGUUUGUGUUCACAGCUUGCAUUUAAAUAAUUACUGUGUGAAUAAAGUAUCUAGAAACACUGA